AUGGGUCAGCAAGAGGAGGCUGCCAAUGGCGAUGCCCACAACGAACAGGCAACGAAGGUGGAGGAGUGGAAGAAGAAAGCACCGUAUAGAAUGCACGACUCCAACGAGCACUUCAAGCACCGAUACGAGGCGAGCUGCCAUUGCGGCAAGGUGCAGUAUGAGUUGUCUCGAGAGGUACCAUUGGACAGCAAGCUCUGCCACUGCACAACCUGCCAGACUCAGCAUGCUGCUCCAUUCCAAUGGGCUGCCAUCUUCCACAAGGACGACAUCAACUUCCGAGACGGCCACCACCAUCUCGAGUGGUAUGAUCCAACGUCCAAAUCGGUCGAGCACAAGCUACCUUGCAAGGUUCGCUGCUCGUACUGUCACAGCCCGAUCAUGGAUGAGGGCCGCAACAUGAUCUUGCUCUUCCCCAGCUUGAUUCAUUUCAAGUCGGAGGAGGACAAGAAGAACUUCAAGCCUCGACUUCACAUGUUCUAUGGUCAGCGUGUCAUGGACAUUCCAGAUGGCCUGCCCAAGUGGACUGGACUGAAUGAGGACAGCGACCUCAUCGAAGACAGCCCACCGGAGAUGGUCAAGGAGCUCGAGCGGAAGAGAAUGAAGGAGCAGAAGGGCCAGGUGGAGAAGGGUCACAAUUCGUAG